AUGUAAAAUUAUCUUUCUCAAACAGGGAUUGAUAUACUAAUAAAUGAUGCUUUCAAAUAAGUAGCUAUUUGUAAACCUAGCGAUCCAAUCGUGUACAUCGCUGAAUAUUUGUAAUAGAGAGGUCAUACUUUUGAUGAUAUUUCGACUUUAAAAAUAAUUUCAAGCUCCACUGUUUAAAAAUAACAGGUAAAAUCUGAUUCUUACGAUGAGCUUGAUUAAAGAAAAUAAUUGCCACACAAAACAAUGAAGGUAUCAUCAGCGAAACUAAUAAAAAUAGAAGAUUUAGAUCGGCCAUUUAUUAAAGAAGAGGGUAUCACAAUAACUUUAAGAAAAGUGGCAGGAGUAAACUAUCAGCAAGUCUAAGCGCCAUAAUUAUAAGAUAUACCUGAAGGCUAGGAGCCAAAUGAGGAUGAUGACGAUUUUGAAUAAAUUAAAGAGACUUAAAAGCCUGGAGGUGGAGUUUAAAUGGACAAUCCCAUAUAUAAAAACACUAUUAGCAAGAACUCUCAAAAUUCUUCUUUACAAUAAAAUUAGAAUAUGAAUUCAUAGGAACCGGAGGAUCAUUUAAACCUCUAUAUGAUGAUAUAAAACAAUACAGCAAUAACAUUAAGUGACAUUAUUGAAUAAUUCAAAGAUGAUUUUGAUCUAGAUGAAUUAUAUAAGAUAGCAGCAUAAAAUCAAACUCUGGCAUAAGUUGAUUAUGAAAACAAUUAGAAUGAUAAAAGAACUCCUUCAGCUAAGAUGUUAGAGAAAUAUCUAAUGAUUAGAUCUAAAAAAUAUUAAAAUUUAAUCGAGAUUAAUGAGCUCGCAUAAGGAGCUGAAGCCAUUGUUUUUAGAUUAGAACAUCGUGAAAUUGAUGAGGUUGUUGUUAAAACAAAUAAAAUUUUGGAAUUAUCUGAAAAUCAAGAUUACUUCUAGCAGCCUUUUAUUGACUUCAUGAGAGAGACAUUAUAGUUAAAGCUUCUCUAAAAUAAAAACUACAUUGCAGAGGUCAGAGAAGAAAUAAUCGAAUACGAUUUGAAAAACCAACACAUUUUAAGGUAUUGCGUAGUUGUUGAAAGAGCUUAGAGAACUUUAGAAGAUCUUUUAAAAAUUUGGAAUAAUCCUGAUUAAUCAGAGAAGUAUGUUGAAGCUUAUAGUCCAGAAAAGCUAGCAUACAUAUUUUACUAAACUUUGAGUAUUAUUAAGUACUUACACAAAAGUUAAAGUUGGGGAUCUUGGUAUCUCAUUUAAACUUGA